AUGACGCUCAUAUGGCCAAAUCAGUGCACAUCGCUUGUCUUGGCAAUAUUUUCAUUCCUUCUUUAUAAAUCUUCGGAUUACAAGUCCAAGGUACCAGAUAAGGAUCCAACGGAAUACGAUUUCAUUAUUGUAGGAGCUGGAUCCGCAGGAUGCGUAAUUGCAAAUAGACUGUCAAAGAUCAGCGAAUGGAAUGUACUUUUAUUGGAAGCUGGGAGAGAGGAGCCAGAAGCUGCCCAAAUACCAGGAUUUGUUCGUUCACUUGAAGAAAGUGACAUCGCUUGGCACUAUCGAACCCAGCCAGAGAAAAAUGCAUGUUUAAGGGAGAAAGGAUGUGCCUGGGCACGCGGCAAAGUAUUGGGUGGUACAAGUGCAAUUAACUAUAUGCUGUACGUUAGAGGAAAUCCAGAAGAUUUUAAUGCUUGGGAACGAACGGGAAAUUAUGGUUGGAGUUACAAAGAUGUAUUACCUUACUUCAAAAAAUCUGAAGACAACAACGAUAAGGAUAUUGUGAAAGAAAAUCCGACAUAUCAUCAAACUGGAGGAUAUCUAUCUGUAGAACGAUUCCCUGAUAUAACACCAGAUGCAAGAAUCAUUUUACGAGGACUUGAUGAAAUUGGACUUAAAUAUAUGGACGUCAAUGCGGAAUCACAGCUAGGUUCAAUGGAUUUGCAGACAACAUCAAAAAACGGAUCUCGCCAAAGUACAAACAAAGCUUUUCUUCGGCCAAUCAGAGAUAAACGAACUAAUUUAUUUAUAAAAACUAGAACUGUUGUUACAAAGGUUUUGAUUGAUGUGUUUUCAAAGAAAGCACUUGGCGUUGUGUAUACCAAUACUCUCACAGGUAAAAGGUAUACGGUGAUGGCUAAGAAAGAAGUGAUCGUGUCUGCAGGUUCUAUAAAUUCACCAAAGUUACUAAUGCUGUCUGGAAUAGGCCCAAUUAACGAGCUUCAGAAACAUGGUAUCGAUGUAAUUCAACAUUUAUCUGUCGGGCAAAAUCUUCAAGAUCAUGUAACUUUCUCGGGAAUACAUAUUGAAAUAGUGGGCAGAAAGAUGCCUAGUUGCUCACAAAGACUAAGGGAUUUGAAAUAUUAUCAAGCAACACAUAGGGGUCCAUUUUCUAAUUUAGGUGUCACUACUAUUUCUGGAUUUUUUAGAACGGAGUAUGAAAAAAUUAAGAGUGCCCCAGACAUACAAUUUGUUUUUGGAUCUGAUACUGAUAGUAUUAUUUACUACAAUCAACUUUAUAUCCACCCAGUUCUACUAACACCAAAAAGUGUAGGAUCUAUUACGCUUAAUGUUACGGAUCCCAUCUGGGGCGCGCCUGUAAUUCGAGCAAGAUAUUUUACACAUGAUUUAGACAUGAAACGCAUGAUUCAAGGUGUCCGAAAAGCCCUUCAAUUAUUUAAUACUAAAACAUUCAAAGAAAGUAAAUUUAAACUUAAUGAAACUCCUAUACCUCCUUGUGCUAUAUAUAAAUAUAACAGUGACUCAUAUUGGACCUGUGUGAUAAAAAAUUAUUCUCGCACAUUAUAUCAUCCUGUUGGUACAUGCAAAAUGGGUCCCCAGAAAGAUCCUGAAGCAGUUGUUGAUCCGCAAUUGCGUAUUCAUGGUAUUGAAAAUUUACGUGUAAUUGAUGCGUCCAUCAUGCCGAAUGUCGUUAGAGCAAACACUAAUGCUGCAGUUAUCAUGAUUGCUGAAAAAGGUAGUAAUAUGAUAAAAGAAACAUGGUUAAGCUAA